UUGGCGUAAAGUGCCUCGCAUAUUCUCCUUUCUCUUCCCCCCCAACAUGAACUCGGGUUCAGAGAAAUGUUAAUGGGGAAUGCGAGACAUUUAAAAAGGGCAAGUAUAGAUUAUAUUAUUUCUUAGUUUUUCUCUACACCGAAAUCGUAUUCAAUAAUGUCUAACUUAGUAUCCAAAAUCGAAAAUAUUUUAUUAAAUGGACCUUUAGAUGCAGUUUGUGGCGCGAAUGUAGUUUAUCUAGCAAUGAAUGGUAAUGACUUAGGUAAUUAUGAAGAUGUUAGAACUUUAGCGGAUAGCGCCGUGAAUUCUGCAUUAAUGAAAGUAACUGAUAUGGAACGGAGAAUGAAAAUCUUAGAGAUUCUAGCUGAGAUGACGAUUGCAUACAAAAGCAUUAAAGGUUUGAGAGCGAUAAAGGCACUAAAUACGGAUAAGGAAGCUAUACAAGAAAAAACGCGAGAAGAAAUAGAACAAAAUUAUAAUACGUUAAAGUCAAAGCUUAGUAACCCCAAGACCGAUUCGGAUACAUCUCUUUACGAUGCCCUAAAGAAAAAUUUAGUGAAUCAUAUCGAUCCUGGCAAUCUUUCAUGGCGAGAUCCUGAGGCGAAUAUGGUUUUAAGCGACAAGUCAGUUUUAGUAGAAAAAUUAGGACAGAGACAAAAACGUGUUUUCAUGGAGCCGUAUGAAAAUAUGAAAUGUACAUUGCCCGAAUCAGUUAUUUCUAAGUGUGAGCAGUUCGUGUGCAAUUUUAAUAAGCCGAAUAUUACAAAUAUGUCUAGAAAUAUUGUACACGAUAAGACCUGGAAAGAAAAUAUAUCUGCAUUGGAAAAAAGAGCCGAGCGUAUACUAAGUGUACUCGGGGAUAUUUGGAAUAAUCCAGCGUUCGAAAACAGCACAACUCGUAAAGAACAGAGCGAAGGGACUUACAUUACGGAUGUGGUAAUACCUUUGCUUCGAGCUAGUUUAGAAGACAUGCCAAAUGGAAAUAUUUGUUUAAGCACAGCAGAACGGCAGAGCUUAGCAAGCAAAUUUCGAAGGAACUCCGGCGAAGUAAGCAAAGAACGGAUGGGAAAAAAACCAGAUGCCAUGGCAUUAGUAAACUAUGGAGGUAGAAUCAAUGAACUUGUAUAUGCAGAGUGCUCCCGUAUCAUUUGUAACGAUACAAAAAAAUCUAAUGAUGAGGUGUUCAGGUUGCUGGAGAAGAUAUAUAUUUGAAUGUUUUAGUAAAUGAUGCGGGUGGUUUGUCUCGCUAUUUUCAUAUCGAUCACGCUGAAAUUCCUCUAACAGUAAAAUCACCACGACGGGUAAAACCGCUUUUACGCUUGUUAUUAACUUUGAGAAAUAUUAUGAUCGUGAAUAAGAGUCUACUAAUGCAGGCAUUAGAACAAGCAAUUUCAAAUCCACCUCGAAAUGUCAACCCAAGCCCUACAGUUUCCACGCCACCAUAUAAUAAUUAGGAUAUAGAAACAUCGGACUGUCCGUGCAUCAUGUAAUUUAGUGUGAUUUAGCAUAGAAAUUCCUAGCUUAUGUAUUUUAUUUUUCCUAUAUCAAUAAAGUGCCCUGGUGGCCUAUUAUUAUUUUA